GGAGUUCCAUUCGCCCAAUCCGAAUCGAGCUGUCAUCCUGGCGGACCAAUCCGCGACGAGGGCAUUCACAGAGGUUGGCUGUGAUUGGCUGCCGGUGAGAGAGGGUAUGUCGACACGCAGCGCUGCUGAGCCGAAGGGCGGGGCAUAGCCGAGUCGAUGAUGUCCACCUCUUUGGUGGUUGACGAGUAGAGAAAAAAUUACAUAUAUAUGUAUAUACACCCAUUUUGUGUGGAAUUAACGUUGAGUUUGAAGUGAAGACCAGUAUUUGGAUGGUUCGAAAGUCAACUCGGAUCUCCCCUGUAAUGGAGGCCAUGGCCGUGAGCACAUCUGCACAGGGUACGGAUGAGUUUGACCGCAACGCCCCGCGGAUCUGCGGCGUCUGCGGAGACAAGGCCACUGGAUUCCACUUCAACGCCAUGACCUGCGAAGGCUGCAAGGGCUUUUUCAGGCGCAGUAUGAAGCGGAAGGCCAGUUUCACUUGUCCCUUUAACGGCAGCUGCACCAUCACCAAAGACAACCGCAGACACUGCCAAGCCUGUCGCCUCAAGCGCUGCGUCGACAUCGGCAUGAUGAAGGAGUUCAUUCUGACUGAUGAGGAGGUACAGAGGAAGAAGGAGCUGAUCCUGAAGAGAAAGGAGGAGGAGGCGAUGCGGGAGGCGCAGAAGCCCCGGCUGACCGAGGAGCAGAGUCAGAUCAUCAACACGCUGGUGGAGGCGCAUCACAAGACCUACGACGACUCCUACUCCGAUUUUGUGAAAUUCCGACCCCCAGUGAGAGAGGGACCAGUGACGCGCAGUGCCAGCCGUGCUGCCUCGCUCCACUCACUCUCAGAUGCCUCUUCAGAUUCAUUGAACAACUCACCAGAGUCUAUGGACAAAAAGCUCAGCAGUCUCUUCUCCAUGUGUCAGGAUGGCGUGAUGAGCCCGGAGUCCAGGGAUGAAAACUCCCGCCUCUCCAUGCUGCCUCACCUGGCUGACCUCGUCAGCUACAGCAUCCAGAAAGUGAUCGGCUUUGCCAAGAUGAUCCCCGGCUUCAGGGAUCUGACUGCAGAAGAUCAGAUCGCUCUGCUGAAGUCCAGCGCUAUUGAGAUCAUCAUGUUGCGCUCCAACCAGUCCUUCAGUCUGGACGACAUGAGCUGGAGCUGUGGAGGGCCCGACUUUAAGUACUGCAUUAACGACGUCACCAAAGCUGGUCACACUCUGGAGCUGCUGGAGCCGCUGGUGAAGUUUCAGGUGGGGCUGAAAAAACUCAACAUGCAUGAAGAGGAACACGUGCUGCUAAUGGCCAUCUGUCUCCUCUCUCCAGAUCGUCCCGGCGUGCAGGACCACGUUCGGAUCGAGGCGAUGCAGGAGCGUUUGUGCGAGACGCUGCAGGCGUAUAUCCGCGUGCACCACCCGGGCGGCCGGCUGCUCUACGCCAAGAUGAUCCAGAAGCUGGCCGAUCUGCGCAGCCUGAACGAGGAGCACUCCAAGCAGUACCGCUCGCUGUCCUUCCAGCCUGAGCACAGCAUGCAACUCACACCGCUCGUGCUGGAGGUGUUCGGCAGCGAGGUGUCCUAGCGGCCAGGACCGUGUCUCCCACAGUGCCAGUCCAGCGCAGGGGCAUGAGGGAGGUGGGAGGGGGCAAAAGGGGUGCAGCACGGGGCAGAGGUGGGCCAGAGGACAUCUGGAGGAGUCCUAUUACAGCAGACUGUGUGUGUGUGUGUGUGUGUGUGUGAGUACGAAAAUGAAAGUGUGUAUGUGUGUGUCUCCAGGGCAGGAGUGUGCCGGGGGAUGUCUGGUAUCCCGUUUCGGGGAAUUUGUAGAGGCGUUUUUUUUUUUUUUUUUUGGUGUGUGUGUGUGUGUUAGAGUGUGAGGGGAGGGAGGGUCACAUGCGUGUAAGUCCAUCGAAGGGCUGUGGGUUUCAGAAGCUAAAGGGAAUAUUAAGAAUGUACUUAUGCAUAUAUGAACAGAAAUAUAAAUAUAAGCUAAUAUCUAUAUUUAAGAGAGAUGCUUUCUACUAAAUUGAAGCGUAUGGCUGAGCGUUGUAAAAUAGGAUUAGCAGGCCUCUUUGGGUUGAGUGUGUGUGCAUGCUUGUGCGGAGAGAUGUGUUUUGUUGUGUAUAUGAAAGAAAAGGACACUAACAAGCAGGCACAUACACUGAAUGAAGUGCAGGGGGCGAUCUAUUUUUGAUGUUUGUAUAGAUAAGAUAUUUAAUGACCACAAGAGAGCGAGCCCACCAGUACACGCUAACGCUAAUCCGCUAAUAACAGGCUAAUUACCAUUAUCUGGUUACUGACAACUGUAUGAUUUGUUACAGUUUUAUAUUUGGUACAAACGGCUCACUUUCAAACACUGUCGAUCUCUAGACUGUUCUAAUCAACACAAAAGUGCCAAAGGAUUGUAGAUGAGACAAGGUUGUCAUUUUUAAUGCGAUUCUUCACAUUUUACUUUAUAUAUUAUUUAAUUUCAAAGAAAAUUUUGGAAAACUCAAAACAAAUUUUUUUGAUAAUUUGGUUUGCAACAUUUCCCUGAUGUGCCUUUGUUUUUUUGUUUGAGGCUUUUUCCCCAAACCCAGAAACAUGGUUUCGCCCAAACCAGUCAGAGCUGCUUGAAUGAAACUCAUGAAAUGGUUCGAGAGCCAUGAUUUGAAUCCGUAUAUUUGAUGUUGAAACAGAAAGUCAGGGUGACGGCGUCUUGAAGUGCUUGACUGAUUUACACACCAGCCAGUAGCGUUCGAGCCACACACCUGCUAAAUCUAUACAAACUUGACAGUAUCUUGGCGAAAUCGCUAAAUAUGGAGAAUAGAGAAGAGUUUAGCCAGAGGAUUUUUUGUUUGUUUUUUUUUUUAACUGUGGAGGAGUUCUCACCUUGUACGAAGUUGCCAGAAGUUGCCAACUUCCGGCUCAACUUCUCCCACAAAUACCGCCUUCUUUGAAAUGAAUCAACUCCAACCACUUCUUUUUUUUUUUCGGUUUGAAAAGGGAAUGGUGUGUGGAAUGACACAAAGCCAAAAACACACAGACAAACCAGGUUUGCUGCUAAUGAGCUGCUGCUGUAGAGAAAGACACGCCCCCAGGGGCGGGACAUAUACAUUUUAGAGAGCAUUUAAUUGGUAGAACACAAGACUAGUACAGGAUGAGUCAUAAAAUUUUUUUUAUUAUUUUCCUAGAGGUAACAAAGCAUAAACUGAAAAUGAGAAUAUCUCAAAAACUAUAUUUUGUCUUGUUUUUUUAAAGAUAUAUGAUCGUACUGGUGUCCGUAACACUAAGGGACCGGUACAAAAAACAAAAAACACCUAAUUUGAUGUCAGGGGCACUUUAAAGGCAAGCUACAGGGCAUAUGUAGUUAAAGCAGAGGGAGUGAGGUGUCAUGGGAUUUAUUCUAAUUGUAAUUCAGCUCACAGGCAGCAGGGGGCUCUAAAAAUGACAAUCUGCUCCUUUAACUAAGUAUAUUGCGUUAAGUUUCCCAUGAAAUGCCACAAGCAGCAGUGCCUCGCCCCGCCAAUUCCCAGUUACUUCGCCAGCAUGCGCCGUGUUUCAGAUUCGGCGCUCCUCACCACAGAGCGGUUUGAUUAGCGAAUACGCAGAGAGGUAAUCCUUUGUUUUUAGGACCGUGUUAGGCAGUUUACAUUUUACAAGACGUAUUAUGGCACGUCAGUUUACGGUUUUGUGCCGCUCUCUUGUGGUCGUACAUUGUAAAUACCACUUUUAUUAUUCCUGUACAUAUUAAGUCUAAUGAAAACAAGCAUAGGCAAGUACUAAGAUGAUUCAUUAGUUCAAAAGAUGCUUGGGAGAAAUAUGCAAAUAUGAUAUUUUCCUAUUAUUUGCUCUCUUUUUUUUCUCUCUGAGGUGACAAUAAGCUUUGACGACUUUAUCUAUUCAUGAUGUUAGGUGCGAAUUCAUCAUUUGCUCUUACUUUUAAUCAUUAUGAUCUUUCUUAUUAUGGUUCAGUUUUGUACGCAGUUGGAUAUCCAGAUAUCCCAAAUCAAGAGAUUUUUUUUUCUGUCUUUUUUCUAGUUUUUUUUUUUUUUUUUUUUUUUUUUUUUUUGCAAAUCAACAAGACAUCUCAAACCAUACUCUUGCUGCUGCACAAAGCCUUGCUAGAACUCUCAGAUUUUUGGAGAAGAGACAGAAACAUCACUUCUGUCCUCACCACGAAUGCUGCCUGAAACCAAUCAAUCAACGGGGACAUGGACUGACCAUGGAGCCCCAUAUGUAUAUCUAUAGAAAACAGAAAUAUACCGUUACACCCGCACGCCUCCUCUUAUGCCUAUACUUCUGCCGUAAUACCGUAGCCUCAUAAGUGUGAGACUCUUCCAAGCUUUAACUGCUCUGUGGAAUAAACAGAAACAGGAGGAAUGAUGGUGUCUGGCUGCUACAGGACGGAGCUGUGAUUUUUUUUUCCCCCAGCUCCUCUGUCCAGAAAUCUUUUGUGUUAAAACUGCUUCAGGAGAAUGAAAAGCUGGAAAGGAGCUGUAAUGUUCUACGACUGGAACGUUCUUUGUGAGGUACACACAGGAGCUUUGGUGUGGAUUUCGGAGAUGGACAAGCACCUGACUCUCUCGACUGGGACAUUGGGACAGGACGUCAGCGCCAUCUAGUGGACUGGAUUAAUCCACACGUACUGUGUAUAUUCUACUAUAUAUAUAACUUAAGCUUCAAUCUGGAUUCUUUCUAAUGAUUAAGGAGCAUGUGCUUUGUCAUCCAGCGCUGUGAAAGGAUACACACAGAAAUGGCUGCUGUUUCUACGUACAAACCUGUUUCACCUUUUCAGACCCAGUGUUGUUGCCUCCGUAGCCUUACAGAACUCACAAACAGCCGGGAUAACUCUCAGAAACUCAACAAGGGAAACGAGGCAGUCUCACACACACACACAUAUACAUAUAUAUACACACACACACACACACACACACACACACACACACAUGCACACACAAACACUUUUUUAGGACUAUGUCCACCAUGGUUUCAGCAGGGAAGAGUUCAGCACUAUGGGCAGUCUGUUGCCUCAGCUAAGCUCAAUAAGGGUGCUUUCACACUUUGCUUUUUUUUUUUUUUCUCCCCACCACAAAAAGUGCUACAUUACUGUUUCUUUAGUAAUGACUGACUCACAGGGACUUGAAUGGUGGACAUACCACGUAACCUACACUUCAUAAUCAACAGAUUAUAACCAUUUAAUGGAAGGAGUCUCCAGUGCCAGCAUUUUGUAACAGUCAGAGGAAAAGCUGUAGCUUUCUGGCAUCUUCAGGAUGGAGAAAUUCCGGUUUCUUGCUAUCAUGACAAGCUACAGGGUUUUUAAAAAUUUUUUGUCUUAUUAUGUACAAAAACGAGAAUUAAGAGGCCAGCUGGUUAUAGCCUUUAUAACGUAAGGAACAACAUUAAACGUACCUAUAAACAGAUAAAAAGCACUAAAAUUGUAAUCAUUGUCAAACUGCUGUAGUGUAAGAGGAAUGAAAUUCUUUGGGAUGUGCUGUUAUAGGAAAAUAAUCAAAUUCAACACCAACACAACGCCGAACAUUUUCCUCUAACGGUAUGCCCCCAAGUGUUUUAUUCCUUACCUAAGUUUGGAAUAUUGGCUGAAAAUUAUGAAAUAUUAUGAAAUAUAAUAUAAUGAAAUAUUUUCAAAUCGGCAUGUCUUAACUCUACUUAUAUUCGCUCCCUAACAAGAAUCAGUUUUCACCAGCACUCUCUUGCGACCUGAUUGUUCAGGAGCUUUUUAAAGAAAAAAAAAAAAAAAGAAGAAAAAAAAAAGCACUUGACGUCACUCACCACUUUUCUGAAAAUUUUAACCUACUUAAUGACCAGAAAACUUUUUAAAAGCAUCCAAAUUCUGCUGCUUCCUGUAGGAUUACAUCUAAAAUGUGGUGGUUAAAAAAAAAAAAGCCUAGUGUAAAAGCACCCUAAGAAAGGAUCCUAAAUGUAUCUGGUUCCCCCCUCCACUUAUUUCUUAAAGGUGUAGUCAGUGAUUUUGGUUGAAGUUAGCUGAAUCAAGGUAUUGACUGAUUGAAGGCUCUGUUUUCAGUAUUCCCUCCAAAGCAUCGAGCACAAGCUCCCUAUCAUAGAACUCCUGAAUGUUGUGCAACAGUGGGCACUUUCUGAACGAACAGGCAAGUUAAGAAAGCAGACAUGCAGACUUCUUGUCCUGUUUGGUGGUCCACGUGUUUUCUGUUUAGAAGAAUUCUGGGGUGCCGCAGAGACCAGAGCUGCUCCUCUGAGCAGAUUGAUACUACAUUAAAAAAAAGUGUACGUAUUUCAAAAUCACAGGCCAUACCUUUAAUAGUUUGGCUGCAGUCGUUAAUGGUGAAGCACCUGAAUUGAAAACCCAGUGUGUAUCAGCAUUUAGAACCGAGGGUGACCUUUUGUACACUAUUUCUUUCUGAACUGUCAUAAGCUAAAGGAAGAGGUUAUCUUUCAUUACUGAAUUACUGGCUUCUACAUUCAUAUGCUAACAAGACUGGUUAUUAUAUGAGGAAGGUGGGGCUAGGAUGAUGAACGGUUAAUUAAUAGGCUAGUUUGGCUUUGGGAUUUAGGGAUACGUUUUGCUGGAUUAUACAGGAGAACAAGCCAAUCUAGCCCCACCAUGGUAUUAGGCUCUGGGUUAAUGAGUGCUCUAGUUGUAAUGAGAAAUCUAGAAAUAAAUCUGGUUGUGUCUAGUGUUUUGGUAGGAGCAGACAAAGAGAGCAGAGGACUCUGAAAGCUGAUUGUUUAAGGAGACACACCGACAGGUGCCGUUUUUAACCAAAAUGAUCUACCUCUCCCAUCCGCACAUGUAUUCAGUACACGAUUGUGUUUCAUUCAUUUUUUUUUUUUUAUUUAAAAGAAAUCAAACACACACACUAAUCUCUUUCUUAUUUAUUCCUCUCCAACUUAAAUGCUGGACUGUUUACCUCAAGCCUAUAGUUAAGGAGGUGCUCCACCUCUUGCCAGUUGUCUAAACCCUGUUUCCUUACAUUCUGUGUGUAGCGUAGCAAUGCAAACAGUGUUUCAGCUGGUCGCAGUGUGAAUUCAGAGACCCAUUUUGCUACUCGAAUGCUACUCGCAGUCAGUAUUAGCUUUCUCUGGUGCCAACUGGCAAAGCAUUGACAACCAAACCGACUAUGCUAAUUGUGCUAGCUAGACUAUUUGCAUGUUUCUGCAAUUGACGUGUGUCCUUUAAUUGGAUGAUGUGUUAUGCUCAGUGUCUGUGGUGUUACUGCUUUGCAGCCUCUAGUGAACUGUUUAUUUCAAGUGUUGAAGUGUAUAGGCGCUCGCUUGAAUUGUUUCGCUACGCUGCUCCUCUGUCUGUUUCUCUCUAAUCACAUAUUCUGUUAUAUAACCCUAGAUUUAUACUAGCAGGCGACAAGCGAUCAUUCAUUUUCUUGCCACAAUUUUAGCAACAGGGCAACAGCACGACAUUUAAAUUGAGAAUUUCUCAAUUCUAUGCAAAUUAGGUAUAAUGUGGUGAAGUGGCAAAUCCAAACGGCUGGCUCGAAUGAUUCCUGCAAUUAAUUAAUCUAUGCGAUUUAUUAAUUUAUUAACGGUUUCAUCUUAUCCGGUCAUAUACGCUGCGCUGCUAAUCUGCCAGUGAAGCUAGUGCAAAACCUAGCAUGUAACAUGUAAAUUAAACAACCAAUUUUCACCGCGUUAUUUAAUUUGUGUUCUGUUUCUCAUCGGAUGGCAGGACAGCCAGACUUGUCGCCUGCUAGUGUGUACGUAGGGUAGGACAGAUAUCGCCUUGUGUUCAGUUAUGCAGUUAAGCAGAAAAACAAGGAAACGUUUCAAGCCUCAUGUCUACCAAACUCACUCUGAUUGUAUUUAUCGUUCACUCACCUUGACGGAUUCAUUCAGUCGUCAUGGCAUUGCUGCUCUCCUUUCUGGAGGCUUCCUUGCUGGUUCAAUCCUCCUCUGCUACCUCCAUAAAAUGUUGGUUUUUCACACACACACACACACACACACACACACCAGGUAUCAGCAGUCUUGCCUGUAACAUGCUCAUGUUUACGGCUUUCUCUCCUCUUAUCCAUCUUUGGAAUUGUGUUGUUAUGAUUGUUAUCUUUUGUUAAAAUCGAAUCUUCAUCUGAUCUGACUUUCGGACAUCUACAUGCUAGCUCAGUUACAGUACCUCUGUGUGCCUAAAACCCAAAGCCUUAUUUGGGGAGAGUGUCAGGGUUAAAGUGGUGAGUUCUAAUGCAAGAAGUAGUGCAGGCCAGAUCCAAACGGUUCUGCCAAACACAUUUACGUAGAAACCUGCACUCCAUAGCAAGACUGAACCACUGAAUCUAGAGUUACAGAAUUCUCAGAUUGUUCUAGAGCGAGAAUAAACACUUCUGUUUGAGGGUUUUAGAACCGGGGACUACAAAAGACUGAGAGUUUUAUAGUCCUUUAGGCCUAGUUGAGUCUAGAUUAUGGUUUUAUAUAGCUUAGGGAUGCAUCGAUACCAAUACUUGUAUUGCGUAUCAGUCUGAUAUUGUGCAUUUACUCAUACUCGUACUUGUUCUGAUAAAAUUUGCUCUAAUACCAAUAUCUGAUACCAGGUGAUACACUGAGAUGUAAGUCUAGUGUACGUUGUCAUAUUAAUGAACUGACGACACGAAAUGGCAGUGGACUUCAUUUCAUGAGCACUAGGAAUUCAUUGCUGGUGCCACAUGGCAGAGGCCAAUGCUGCAGUAAACACUGGCUAGCUGAGAAAAAAUGUCUACAAACAACGCUAGGUGAAUGAAAAUAACAUUGUCGUUCUUGACGAUCAGCCACUAUUUGUCCUUGACAUGGAAGAAUUCCAAUCAAAACGCACUUUCCACUGCAACCCUACUCGAUCCAAGCUAACAGUGUACCCUGGUCAUCCGAGUGCAUGAACACACACGUGUGCACUUUCCAUGGCCACUAUUUAAACCAGGGAAACAUAAACAUAAAUUGUUCCAUGACGCCCUCAAUUGAUUAACACUAAGCAAGUCACUCAUUACGCAAUCAGUAUCAACGUGUAACAAAAAAACAUGUACGGAGUCUGGAAAACAAAACAAUGGUAUCGAUGCAUCUGUAAUAUAGUCUGAAAGAAACCUUAAUGGUUCAAAGCCAAAUUCGGGAGGGAAAGCUCAUGAAGGAAAGCUGCAGAUCCACGCACUCGUCUCAGACAGACAAAGUGGAAAGACAAAGUCCUGGAGUCAGCUGCCUUACUUUUGGUCUUUACAUUUUAAUCUUAUUUUCCUCAAAGCUGUGUGCAUUAGGUCUGUCUGAUACAUGACACAUACAUACACACAUACAUACAUACAUACAUACACUGUAUAUUGUACAGCUGCAUGUGCAUUCUCUCAGGUACAAAGCUGAGCAUGGUGUGUUAUUAUCAUUUUUAAGCAGAAUAGUCCAAAAUAUCUAGAAAAUGUUAAUGGUUUUCUUACUAUGUCAUAUUCAUGCUGCCAAUAAGAAAUACCAUGCAUUCAUCCAGUGAAGGUCAGAUAUGCAAUAUGUAAGACUUACUGCGCAUCGAUUUAAUCGUGAAUUUAUGACUCAGGCUUAAAACGAAAACAUACAAAGACAGAAACAUACCAUAUAUAUUUGUAUCACUGUUGUAUCAUUUUCAGAAUGUGGUCGUAUGUACAAUGUGGAUAAUGAAAUUUCAAAUCAGUACGUGUUUUGUGCUGAGCCUGACCCAGUUCUGUCUGAGAUUGAUUUACUGGAGAUACAGGUGGGCUCCGAUUGGUCAGGUUUUCCCCUGAACUUUUUUGCAUCAGCAUAUGUACUGAACACAUAACGUACAAUAAAAUAGUGCCUACUGCCACACUGAACCGUCCAGAUUUGUAUUAAACUCUCAGUGUUCAGAAUUCAAGGAAACAUGAUUUAAGACUGCAGUUGUAUUUGUCAGGCUCAAGUUCCCAGACCGUAGACGUUCAGAAGAAAGGGUACUAAACUGUACCUUUCCUUGUCAUUGGAGUGGUUCCUUUAAAGGUACAUCUUUUGUAACAUUAGUAUGUAUCUUUUACAUAAAGAUACAUUUGCAUGUGUACCUUCAAUGUAUUACUCGAAAAGCUAAUUAUAGGUACAGGAUUGGUCCUUAAGGUCCAAUUAUGUUAAAUUACAUCAGCAUUAUCAUGUUAUGGUAAAGAUACACAAGAUGUAUACUUGACAGUACCACCGCACUGACAAGCAAAAGUAUACUUUAGUACUCUUUUUUUUUCUGAGCAUGUAUAACCAGCAAGUCAAAGUGAACCGUUUCCUGGAUUUCCUGAUUACUCAGAGGGGGGAAAGCCUGACCAUUAAGUUCCAUCUGGACCGGUUGUGGGUGAUGUGGAUUUUAGUGGACCAUUCCUAGCUUUCCAAAAUACAACUUCAUGAACACUUUGGAAUUCUCUGGUUUCUCCAGGAAUGGCUCUUACAAUGUCUGGUUGAAUAAUUAUCACAUAAUCAAGGUCAUUGAUGGAAAAAAAUGUAUGUGAACCAUAUUGAAGAUGACAGAAGCAUAACUGGACGAAGGUUCUCCAGCCAAGCCGGGUUGCCUGCCAUAAAAAAAAAAAACCACCAGGUUGAUGCAGAAAUCCAAAUUAAAUAAGAUUUCAGAGCAAGUGCUCUUGGAUCUCACAAGAAUCCUGAAAGAAUUUCCAAAUAUCAGAGCUUACAUCAGCCCACAGUUAGGCGAUUUACAAACAGUGAGAAGAUCUUUAGCACAGCUGGUGCUCCGGUAAUGAGUGGGUGUCCUACAAAUAUCUUGAGAAUCCUCAAACAAGUAAGGAGGAACCCUCGAGAAGAACAGAAGUGUUCAAUGGAGGUUAAGAAACCACAUCGCGCCUUGAUAAAUGUAGCUGAGUGGUCAAAGUGUGGUUCAGAAAAUUGACCAGAACUACCAGAAAGCCAAUGGCGUGAUUUUGAGAGAGGUGUGUAACCCACAACUGCACGGUUGUAACCCACAAAUGCUUGGGUUUUGUCGAGCCUAACUUGUAAGUGAUGUUGGAUAAAAGCGUCUACCAAAUGAAUCAAGGAAACGUGUUAUCAGAAAGUUCUACUGCAAAACAUCAAGAUGUCUGUCUAAGAUCUAGAACUCAAACAGUCCUGAUCUCAAUCCCACUUAUAGUGUAUAUAUAGGGCAUUUUAAAUAUUAAAAUAUUCAAUACUAAAAGACAUUAAUGUCCCAAGAUACCUCAGAAACACUGUGUAGGAUUGAUAAGGAGCUACAAAAAGCAUUUGAUUGAAGAGGUUAAAAAUAAAUGGUAUCAUGGUUCACAUGUAUCACCAUCAGUGACCUUUAUUUUUUACAAAACAACUUAUCUAUUCUAGAUAAGGGUUUUUUUUUAUUAUUGUUUUAAAAAUAUAUGCAAUUUAUUUAUUUCCUCCUGUGAAUAGAGGAAGAUUCUGAACCACAUUUUAGGAUCUGUUUCUGCAGAAAUCCAGAUCAUUGCAAAGGUUCACAACUCUUUUUUUUUUUUUUUUUUAUUGAUGCCUGUACAGUUCUCACAUACAAGCAAACAUGUAAUCUCAUCUCGUGUAUUUCUACAAUCCCAGGCUACUUGACAUUAAGCUAAAACACUCACAUAGAGCUCAUGUCAAAUACCAUGCAGACUCAAACUGCUAGGCCUUCGGCUUAACGUUGUAAAGAUAUUCAUGCUCUAAUCAGCUAGUAUUGCCAUAUUUCCCUAGAUUUUGUCCUUGUCCAUUUUGUGUUGAUGAUUCUCCUACCUUCCUGAAAGUCGCUCCAUUACACCUUUACUUUGUGCUUUGUAUGUAGUAAAAUAAAUGUUUUGAGAAAAUAAACAGCUGUAUAUAGUGAUGCUAAA